GCUCCGGGGUGGCGUGGUCCUCGCGAAGGGUGGAGGCUGCUCUUGCCUCCUGUACCCGAGUCCGGCGCAGGAGACACGACUGUGGCCCCUGCUGGCGCCACCUAAAGUGUCUGAUGGUGCAAUGGUUAGCGAUGUUGCAGCUGCUCUGGCUGCAGCCGCCGCAGCUGCUGCUGCUGCUGGGGGUUCACCAGGGCAGCUCCCAGGAUUUGACCCACACCCAGGAACCAGCCCUCGCAUGGCAAGAUAAAGGAAUUUUCAUCAUCCAGAGCGAGAGCCUCAAGACUUGCAUUCAGGCAGGUAAAUCUGUCCUGACCCUGGAGAGCUGUGAGCAGCCAAACAAGCACAUGCUGUGGAAAUGGGUCUCAAACAACCACCUCUUCAAUGUGGGAGGUGGUGGCUGCCUGGGUCUGAAUGUGUCUAAUCCGGAACAAGAGUUAAGCCUCUACGAAUGUGAUUCUACCCUCGUUUCCUUGAGGUGGCACUGUACCAGGAAGGUGAUCGUGGGCCCACUCCAGUACGGGGUCCAGGUGAAGCACGGCAGCAGCACCGUGGUGGCGUCGAGGAAACAGCUCCAUAAAUGGAUCACCUAUAUGUCCGGGGGUGGAGACGUCUGUGAGCAUCUUCACAGAGAUUUAUACACAAUCAAGGGGAAUGCCCACGGGAUGCCUUGUGUGUUUCCUUUCCAGUUCAACCAUCGGUGGCACCAUGAGUGUAUCCGGGAAGGGCAGAAAGAGGGCCUGCUGUGGUGUGCCACCACAAGCCGAUACGAACGGGAUGAGAAAUGGGGAUUCUGCCCAGAUCCUGCCUCUACCAGGACAUUUUGUGAUGCCAUGUGGCAAAGGAACUCCAGUUCACACAUUUGCUACCAAUUCAAUCUGCUUUCAUCUCUCUCUUGGAAUGAGGCACAUUCUUCAUGUCAGAUGCAAGGAGGUGCUUUGUUAAGUAUUACGGAUGAAAAUGAAGAAAACUUUAUAAAGAAGCAGCUGAGCGGGGACACGGUGGAAGUGUGGAUUGGUCUGAACCAGCUGGACGAAGAGGCCGGCUGGCAGUGGUCUGAUGGAACGCCGCUCAGCUACCUGAACUGGAGCCCAGAGAUACAUGCUGGGCCGUUUGUUGAGUAUCGUUGCGGAACGCUGAAACGUGCCUCAGCUGCCUGGAGGAGCAGGGACUGUGAGUCGCCCUUGCCUUAUGUAUGCAAACGGCAUCUAAACCGCACUGCCCAGGACAGUUUUGAAAAGGACUCCUGGAAAUACCAUGCCACGCACUGUGAUCCUGACUGGACGCCCUUCAAUCAUAAGUGCUACAAACUUCAGAAAGAAGAAAAGAGCUGGCACGAGGCUCUGCAUUCUUGCCAGUCUAAUGACAGUGUGUUGAUGGACGUGUCUUCAUUAGCAGAGGUGGAGUUUUUUUUAAACCUCCUUGGGGAUGAAAAUGCAUCAGAAACAUGGAUUGGUUUGAGUAGCAAUAAAAUUCCAGUUUCCUUUGGGUGGUCCAGUGGAUCCUCCGUCACCUUCACUAACUGGCAUGCUCUUGAGCCUCGAGCUUUGCCAAACGGAAGAGAACUGUGUGUCUCAGCAGAGCAACCUGAUGGGCGCUGGAAGGUGAAAGGCUGUGAAGAAACACUCUUUUACGUCUGCAAAAGAGAGGGGCAAGUCCUCGCUGACGGGGACUCAGGAUGCAAAGAGGGAUGGGAGAGACACGGUGGAUUUUGUUACAAGAUCGACACAGUCCCGAGAAGCUUUGACCAGGCUUCGGCUGGCUACUACUGCCCUCCGGGCCUCCUGACCGUCUCCAGCAGGUUUGAACAGGCUUUCAUUACCAGUUUGAUCAGCAGUGUGACAGAAACAAAGGAUUUUUGGAUAGCUCUUCAAGACCAAAACAAUACAGGAGAGUACACUUGGAAGACCGUGGGGCAGGGCGCUGAGCCAGUACAGUACACACACUGGAACACACAUCAACCCAGCUACAGUGGUGGCUGCGUUGUCAUGCGAGGAGGAAGUUCAGGAAGUUCAGUUGGUCGUUGGGAAGUGAAGAACUGCAGCGACUUUAAGGCAAUGUCUUUGUGCAAGAUGCCAGUCGACAUCUGGGAGAAAAACGAGUUGAAAGAGAGUUGGCCCUUUCACCCCUGCUAUUUGGAUUGGGAAUCAGAGGUUGGCCUGGCCAGUUGCUUCAAGGUAUUUCAUAGUGAAAAGGUCCUGAUGAAAAGAUCGUGGAGAGAAGCCGAAGCCUUCUGUGAGGAGUUUGGAGCUCACCUCGCAAGCUUUGCCCAUGUAGAGGAAGAAAAUUUUGUGAAUGAGCUUCUACAUUCAAAAUUUAAUUGGACACAAGGAAGGCAAUUCUGGAUUGGAUUUAAUAAAAGGAACCCACUGAAUGCCGGUUCUUGGGAGUGGUCGGAUGGAACGCCUGUUGUCUCUUCAUUUUUAGACAAUGCUUACUUCGAAGAAGACGCCAGGAGCUGUGCCGUGUAUAAGGCAAACAAAACCCUGCUGCCCUCGAACUGUGCUUCCAAACAUGAGUGGAUAUGCAAAAUCCCGAGAGAUGUGAGGCCCAGCUUUCCACUCUGGUACCAGUACGAUGCGCCCUGGCUCUUCUAUCAGAAUGCCGAGUACCUGUUCCACACCCACGCCGUGGAGUGGGACGCCUUUGAGUUUGUCUGUGCCUGGCUGCGAAGUGACUUCCUCACAAUUUAUUCUGCUCAGGAGCAAGAAUUCAUCCACAGCAAAAUCAGAGCGCUAUCGAAAUAUGGUGAAAAUUGGUGGAUUGGACUUGAAGAAGGAAGAGCCAGUGAGCAAAUUCAUUGGCGUAAUGGGUCGCCCGUGAUAUUCCAGAACUGGGACAAAGAGAGAGAGAAAAGAAAGGGUAACCAGAGCCAGCAAUGUGUCUUCAUUUCUUCCACAACAGGGCUCUGGGGGACUGAGAACUGUUCCGUUCCUAUGCCCAGCAUUUGUAAGAGAGUGAAGAUAUGGGUCAUCGAGAGGGAGAAGCUGCCCACACAGCAUGGCACGUGCCCCAGCGGGUGGCUUUACUUUAACCAUAAGUGCUUCCUGGUGACCAUUCCCAAAAACACCCACGAGCUGAAGACCUGGACGCGUGCUCAGGACUUCUGCGCUGCCAGGGGCGGGAUGCUGGUCUCCAUCGAAAGUGAACUGGAGCAAGCUUUCGUUACCAUGCAUCUCUUCGGCCAGACCAUGAAUGUGUGGAUAGGGUUACAAAGUGAUAAUUAUGAGAAUUGGGUGAACGGGAAGCCUGUGGUGUAUUCUAACUGGUCUCCGUCGGAUAUAAUAAUUAUCCCAAGCUAUAACAUUACAGUUCAAAAGCAUGCUCCUCUCUGUGCCCUGAUGUCAAGUAAUCCUAAUUUUCAUUUCACUGGAAAAUGGUAUUUUGAUGACUGUGGGAAAGAAGGUUAUGGAUUUGUUUGUGAAAAAAUGCAAGAUACUCCUGAAUACCAUGUAAAUGUGUCUGAUAUGUACUCAAUCCCCAGUACAUUAGAAUAUGGAAACAGAACAUAUAAGAUAAUUCGUGCUAACAUGACUUGGUACGCAGCGGGAAGAACCUGCCUGAUGUACAGAGCAGAGCUGGCCAGCAUUCCAGACAUAUUUCACCAGUCCUUCCUCACGGUUGUACUCAGCAGGCUGGGGCAUGCCCAUUGGAUUGGACUUUCCACCAAAGACAAUGGUCUCAAUUUCGACUGGUCAGAUGGCACCAAAUCCCCUUUCACCUAUUGGAAAGAUGAGGAGUCAGCCUUUCUUGGUGAUUGUGUUUUUGCUGACACUGGUGGACGCUGGCAUAGCACGGCCUGUGAGUCAUUUCUGCAAGGAGCCAUUUGCCAUGUACCCACUGAGACAAAGGCAUCUGAGCACCCAGUGCUGUGCUCAGAGACAUCAGUUCCCUGGAUAAAAUUUAGAGGUAAUUGCUACAGCUUUUCCACCAUCCUGGACAGCAGGAGUUUUGAAGAUGCUCAUGAAUUUUGCAAAAGAGAAGGGUCUGAUCUUCUGGCGAUCAAAGAUGAGGCUGAGAAUUCAUUUCUCCUGGAAGAGCUUCUUGCUUACGGCUCUUCUGUCCAGAUGGUGUGGCUGAAUGCUCGAUUUGAUGGUAACAAUGAAACCUUACAGUGGUUUGAUGGAACACCCACAGACCCAUCAAACUGGGGCAUUCGGACACCAGACUUGGACCACCUCAAGCCCCGUCCCUGUGUUGCCUUGAGGAUCCCUGAAGGCGUAUGGCAGUUUACCCCCUGUGAAGACAAGACGGGGUUCAUAUGUAAAAUGGAGGCAGAUCUUCCAGCUGUAAUGAAUCAUCCAGGGAAAGGACUGAGCCACAGCACCGUUCCUCUCAUAGUCACAGCGACGCUGGUAACAUCCCUGGCCGUUUGCGUGCUUUCCUUCUGGAUAUACAAGCGGAACAAUGACUUUUUCCGGAGACUCACAGGGCCUAGGCGUCUUUACUAUCCUACACUCAGCUUCAGCACGGCACAUUUAGAAGAAAACAUUCUCAUUUCUGAUCUCGAGAAGAAUAGCCAAUGAUGACAAGGCGAGGAAUUUUCCAGCUAUGAAGAACAAAGGAGGCCAUGAAGGGAGUCCUGUCUGCAUUUCCCCUUAACAAGAUGCCAUUAUAAUAUGAAUUGUGCUUUGUUUUAAUUAUUCUUCAAGCACUGGUUCUGAAUUUUAACCAAAUCAGAUUCAGUUUAAUGUAUUCACUUCCUUUAACUGUGGCCCAUUCUGAAAAGGGGCAUUGGUUAUUAUUUAAAAAAAAAAAAAAAACAACUAUUAAAAAGACUCCUGCAUUAAGAACUCUCAA